AUGGCGGCCACGAGCGAGGCGAGCGACGAGAAGGCGGAGCGAGCACCUACGCUGCUGCAGCAAGAGCUUGAUGCCGAGCUGAAUUUCAAGAAGUGCAACUCUGGCGGCGCCUAUGUGCGUCGCAUUAUCGAGGAGAUUGGCGACUAUCAUGUGAAGAGCGGCAAUCUGCAGCAGGCCAUCAAGUAUUAUGCCCGAGCGCGUGCCUAUUGCACCAACAGCGAUCAUGUCAUCAAUAUGUUCCGCAAUCUAAUCAAAGUGUCCAUCUACAUGGGCAAUUGGUGGCAUGUGCUCAGCUACAUAGACGACGCCAAGCAGUAUGCCAUCGGCUUUGAGAAUAUGGCCAGAGAAGUGCCCGCUCGACUUAGCUGUGCAGCCGGAGUGGCCUACAUGUGUCUCAAGAUCUACAAGACUGCCGCGCAUUGCUUUCUGUUGGUGCCAUUUGAUCGCUAUGACUACGACGAUAUUGUGGCGCCACAGGAUGUGGCCUACUACGCGGGUCUCUGCGCCCUGGCCUCCUUCGACCUGACCAUGCUGCAGCUGGGCUGUCUCAAUGCCGAGAGCUUCAAGCCUUUCCUCAGUCUGGCGCCCAAGAUGUGGGACAUUAUGCUCAAGUUCUGCAGGGGCGAGUAUGGCAGUUGCAUGCACAUGCUGCAUGACAUUGAGGCGCAUAUUAGACUGGAUGUAUACCUGGCGCCGCAUGUGGACACGUUGUACCAAAAUAUCAGGGCAAGGAUGCAAGAGCUGCAAUUGGGUGUGGGCCAAUUUGUAUCUCGCAAGCAACUUCAAUUGGAAAUUUAGCUUUUUGUUUCAAACAGACAUAUACAUGUGUCAAACCCAAGACAAAUGUUUAUAAUGUAUCUUCAAAGUUAGCUUAUUAAAUAGGGAAUAAAAAAUUUGUGGUCCAACAAUAAUAAUGUGGCCCAUAU